GCUAACUUCGCCUUAUCACAGUUAAAUUUUUACAUUAUUAGAGAUCAUUUAACCAAUAGGGAUAUUAUUUUUUAUUCCCCGUUUAUUUAAAUGCAAUGUAGUUACGAUAUAUUUUCGAAAAUUAUGUCAAAAAUAUUUUUAAUCUUGCGAAGCAGUGAAUGGUGGAAUUCUGUUAUGUUUAGAUAAAAAUUGAUAACAAUGGAAGUGAAUUUAGAAACGUUGAUAAAGAGGUAGUGAUGCAAUUAGAAAAAUGCCAAAACGUAUACCAUUCCACGUUGUUUACGCAACAAGUGAGGACAGCUCGUACCCAGCAUGCGAGCUGAACGCCCAGGGUCCGGCUGCCCGCGGCUGGCGCAGCUCUGGCAGUCCACCGCACGAGCUGCUCCUCCGGCUCACCUGCGUCACCAGUGUCCACAAACUGCAGCUAUUAGCACACCAUCAGCUUAUACCGGCAUGCGUGGAGGUACUAGUAUCGGGUGGGCUGGUGUCUGAGGGUGCGGCGACGCCAUGUGGCGCCACAUACACCAGCGUGGGCAGAGUCACCCUCGCAAAACCAGCUCCUCAAGCCAGGACCAGGGAACUCAGAUCAGCUGCCCUUCCAGAACCAACAAUAGCUCGGUUUGUUAAGUUGAAACUGUCCGGACCACAUUCACCGGCUAACGAAGAUGAUCAGGUUGCAUUAAUGGCCGUAAACGUCCUUGGCGAAGAAGUGGAAGACCCUGAGAAAUCAACACCAGUCUCCAAAACUGAGGCAUUUUAUUCACCUUACGAUGACUUGGCAUUUGUUAUGUAUGUGGACAACGAGAUAGCUGACUUGGUUAGGAGUUUGGAUGAGAAAAAGAAGACUGCUGUUGCUGAGGAACGAUUUGAAUACGCCCGCCGUUUAAAAUCCGCGGGAUCCGCACUUGCAGCCGCCGGCAUCCGAAUUGGCCGUUGGAGACUCCGCAAACGGACUGCGGCCGCGAGGGAUGACUUCGAACUCGCCCGACGGAUGCGGGACAGGAUAGCGGAUGCGCUGAUGGGUGUGAAGGAAGAUCCACAGUUAUGUCGACUGUUUGAAGAGGAUGGACCGGAUUCUCGUAACGACUCUUCAAUGCAUCAAGAGUACGACUUCUCGCACCACCUAUCUCCGUCGGUAGCAGCCGGCUCCCUCAGCAUCGACAUGCCCAGUCCAGUGCCACCAAUGGACCAUGUCGACCACGAACCAGUACAGCAAGAAGCGGAGUAUGUGAAUGGAGGAGAUGAAGAAGAGGCUAACAAUAUAUCAACUUCACCAAUCCAAACAAUACAAGAAGAUAUCCGACCAAUGCCCAGCGAACCAACUUCUCUGCCAGUCCAAGAAGAUAAAAUAGAAGCUCAAAAGAAAUUGGAAGAAGAGGAAUUGAGGAAGGAGAUCGAUAGUCCACGUAGAAGCAUCACACCUAACGCUGCUAAUGGUACAUUAGUAAGACGUAGGAACAAGAGCGCAGGUCCAAGGUCCACCUUCGAAGCCUACGAGGAGCGAUUGCUACCAGCUUUAAGGCACUCGCAUACGAACGAGUACCUGCGGGAGGGCCGCGAGGGUCGCGAGGGCCGCGAGGAGGAGUGCAGCGGCGGCAGCGCCUCGCACUGCACGCCGCGCCCGCCGCAGCCGCACAAGCUCAACGAGCGCGAGAGGAAGCAGGCCGCGCUGCCCAUACUCAUAUUUGGAUACCCGCUGGUGGAGAAGUUCUACUCGAAGAACUACCUGGACAAGGAGGAGGGUCUGGCGCGGCUGCGCGCCGAGCUGUCGGCGCCGGCGGCGCGCGGCCGCACGUCGCCCAACAAGACGGCGCGCGCCGCCGCGCUGCUGCUGCAGCGCGCGCUGCGGGACAAGGUGUUCUCCGUCUACAGCCAGGCCAACGAGGUCGUGCGCGCGCUCUUCCAGGACUUCGUGCCCGACAGAGUAUGCGCUGCGGAGGUAGGACGGUGCCUGGAGAAACUAGUUCCAGAAUUGUUACGGGCCUGCGGGGACCCCGCGCCCCGCGUCCACUCCACGGCCCAGCACACCGUGCUAACCGUCGCAGAUUGCCCGAUGGUCAGGAGUCUCCACAUAAUUCCACAACAACUGGUCCGACCUGUUGCCGCAUCGAUGCACCCGCGGCUCGCUCUCUCGCGGCUGCAGAUGCUUGAGCAGCUCAUACUCAGCCACGGAAUAUCUACUGAUAAGAACAGUGGACUGACGGUCCGUCGCCUGGCGGAGUGCGGUGCAGCCGGGGCGCAGCAUGCGGCAGGGUCGGUUCGAGCUGCUGCUGAGCGGAUCCUACUAGCUGCGUACGCUCGUUCGCCCAGGGUCGUCAGAGCGCAGUUACCACCUGAUGAUGCUGUUACUAGAAGGAACUUAAUAUACCGGCAUCUGUUCCAGCAGUUUGAUAGGAUUGAUAUGCAGAAAAUGCUCAAUCAAGCACCAACUGAAGAACAGUUACUCAACGGAGCUGACCAAUCAGCAGCAGACUCUAUGCAUGAAACUGCUAGCGUUACCCCAUCGACCCGAAGUGGGACCACUAGUGGGAUGACCACAUCCUUCGGCAUGUCCUCAUCCAUCGGUGCCACUUCUUCAUAUAGCUUAAAAUCUAUGACUUCAAAUGUAAGCAGCGGUACUCUAGCGCCAUCUAGCUUAAGUGGUAGUUACACCACGUCAAGGACAAAAAGCAGUUUGAAAAAAUCACCAACGAAGAGAUAUACUCCAACCAGAGUAGUGAAAGACUUCUCAAAUUAUCCGGGUUAUAAUAAAUUAAGAUUGGACAGCGCGGUCAGCCCGAAGCAUUCGCCUAGAACUUCUGCAGCUUCUUCUGAGAAAGUGCAUUUCCAAGAAAAUCAAAAUGAAGAGGUGGUAUACCGGCGCACGAACCGUCACCCAGAAAAUCGUCACUCCAUGAUUCACUACGACCACGACCCAUCCAAGCCCCAGCUGAAAGAACGCCCAGUCACCGUCUACGAGCCUUUACAUUUGGACUACAGGGACUCUCCAAGUUUAGGAUCACCGAAAACAUCCAAAAACGACGUAAGAAGUAUGGACUCUUUGCCGAUGGAUUCCCCAAGAAAUGACUUGAGAUGUGACUCGGACUGUAGGAGUUUGGACUCUCCAAAAGUCAAAGCGGAUUAUUUUAGAGAGAGCGUACUUGAGUCGCCGAAGCUGGUGGCUGGGUUGAGAAAUCUACAUCUUGACGAGAACAGCCAGAUGGAUGAGAGUGGAUAUUAUAGUCCUGGUAGAAGACAUAUGCCGACUAAUCCUGAGAACCAAUAUGAAAACUAUGAAGGCGGUGCUAUGGAGGGUAGUGACACCACACCGGAACCAAUUUGCCACACGACGUGCGCGUGGUGCGGGCGGCGCGUGCGCGCGGAGAGCGUGGAGGCGCACUACUGGCGGCGCUGCGUCGUGCUGGCGCGCUGCCCGCACUGCCGCCGGGUGCUCGAGGCGCGCUUGCUGCACGCGCACCUGCUCGAAGAAUGCUCAAUGAGCGAAGGCUCGUGGAAGGCGUGCCAGAAAUGUGGUGCUGCGCUACGGAUCGAUGAGAAUGACUAUCACAUCAACUGCGUGCCUCUGGGCAUGGACGAGUGGAAGUGUCCAUACUGCCUGACCAACGUGCUGGCACGCGACCUACCUUGGCAGCGACACCUGAUGCAGUGUCCUCGCAACCCGCGACUCGCAUCGCCACAAACCACCUAAGUAACCGCCGCGCGUCCCAAUUUAUUGGCUGACCUCUUUUGUAUUGUGUGCUCGAUUAACUGGGUUCUGUGCGAGUAGAUUGGUUUUCUUUGUUGUAAACACAAAGGGUAUUCUUAAAAAGAACUUGAUUAGGUUUGGGAUUUACUAUGAAAUGUAAUUCUGAAGUUUCGGAGCUAAAUUUCGUAUGUAAGACGUAAUUAGUUUAUUGAAACGAGAUGGAAAGUUACUUCUUUUUCGUUAAGUGUCGAAACCAACCAAGUUGUACUACCAUCGUCGUUUGGCUUCGAAAUUUUGGAUAGAUUUUUACGACAGGUAAAUUAAAUUAAAAAACUUGGGUUAUUUAGUUGAUAGAACGUAUUAUAAGAUUUGCAACCGAAUUUUCUGUCAAAUUUCAUAAUUCUAUGAUUAUAGUUUUCAUAGAAUAGAAAAAUAGUUACUUAUUAGGAAAAGUGGUUAAGGAAUUUUUCAACAGUAUUUUGUGGUGUGGUUAUACCCGGUUACGUUUGGAUAUAGAUAGACAGAGAUAGAGAGAAAUUCUUCAAAGUAAUAAUUAGAAAGUUAUUUGAAAUUAUGCAAAAAAAUGUAUAAAUUUUGACAGAAUAUAGGCGCGCGCAAAUCUUAAAGUAUAUUUUAUUGUUGUUGUUUAAUGUAUUUACGUUAUACACAAUUCUAUUUAAGUAUUGCGUUUAAAUAGUUAAUAGUUUUUACUUUUAUGAGUAGCCAAAAACUGGGGCGUGUGUAAUAUUUAGUUUCUUACAUUGUAAAUAGGGUCGCCAUCCGUCCGGAAUUCCCCGGAUUUGUUCUAGUUUAAAGGGCAUCCGGGGUGCGUUUGGGUGGGACGUAAUUUAAAAUCUUGGGCCGCUCGCGACACACGUAUUGUGCCUGCACGCCGCGGUGAUCAACCGACGAACCGACUCGCUAAGCUGUUGAUUUAGAAAAAAAAAACCUGUUUAUAUGUUCUGGGUUCUAAAAUCCGGGGUUUUCACGUGUCUUGUCCUGGUUGCCAAAUUUUAGAGAUGGCAACCCUAUUUGUAUCGAGUAGUGAUUGUAAUUUUAAUAGGUAUUGAUUUUUAAAUUGUGAUACCAACCUACUGCAGUUUAUGGGCCACUGGUUCCUCAUUGAAUUUAUAAUUUCGUCAUUAUAUAAUAAUUCAUAUUUACGAAUUUAGAUGAUCAUGUUCCCGUGGGAUAAAUUCACAAACGGAAGAAUCACGAAUAAAAAAUAAUAGAGACCAGUGGCUUGAAUAGACACCAUUUUAGUGUAAUUUUUGUUAAUUUACAUAGUGGUAGAUAGUCCUUAGGGGUUAUUACACUAUCAUUGCAUCAUUAUCAUAUCUAGAUUAAUCUAUCAAUUUAUUUAACCUAGUUACACACUUUCUUUAUUUGUAUAAAAAAAAUGUAUUGUUUUGUUAUAAUCAAAUAAGGUCACUUAUUUUUUUUUCACCCUGUAUAUGUGAUCCUACAAAUAUGACAGUGUAAUAAGCCCCUUUUAUUAACAUUGUCCUGCUAUACGCAUUAUGUGAGUAAUAAUAAAUUUUCCCUUUUUUUAAAUUUACAUUACAUAUAAUAUGUAGUAAAAUUAUUGCAUCAACGGUUACGAAAAUUCGUAAAUUUUAAAUGCCUAUAAUUCUGCAAAACUAAAUUAAACUAAAUUAUUUAUUUAAAUAGUCCAAUAUAAAAAAAAGUAAAAGCGAAGGCUGCAUAUACCGGAAGAGAUUUAGAUUGAUCAAUCAUGGUUAUAGACCAUUAUGCAAUCCGCUAGAAAAGUCAGCAGUCUCAGGCGUCUGUGUAUGAGAUGAGUGUUGGAGCAAAGAUUUUUCUUGAGAAAUUUGAUGGUUGCAAGUUCAAUUUCCACACAAUACAAAUAUUUAUGUUCAUGAGCCUGUCUGUUUGUAUUGGUCCGGAUAUUUUUCUAUCUAUAUUGUUUAUGUAUUUACAACAAAAAAGUGUAAAAUAUUUCUAUUAAUUGUCUAAUAAGUAACUAAAACUAAUUGAAGUCUACAAACUUUGAUUAGUUUGAAACUAGAGGUGCUGUGUGAAGUGUCCAGGGUGAUUGUUAAAAUCAUAGUAAAAAAAUAAUUUAGUUAAUUUAGUUAUGUAGGAAAAAAUUAAAAUAAAUGUAGUUUGCAUUAGACUGAAAAUAAUUUAGUGCUUUGUAUGGCAGGAACUCAUUAAAUACGUAUUAGAUAUAAUUCGAUUUUUUUUAAUGUCUCUAUCUAAUUUUAUUAACGUAUAAAUAAAUGCCUUCAGUCAUCGCCUAUCACGUUGAAUUCUAAUAUGACUAGCAAACGGCAAUUUUGCCAUUUUGAGCAAAUAUGUUUGCUCUGCCCUUAUCAUCCUUUUCUGCCGCUCUGGGCAUAAUUGCCCGGCUUCUGUCUCUAGUUAGAUCGAACCCUGUGCUGUAACUAAAAAAAAUUACUCUAUUCCGUUUGGGAUACAGUCAUAACCAUUUUUAUGUAUUAUUGUAAUAUCAAUAAAGGCAUGGUAAGAUUCACUGGGCGAUGACAGUGUAAUUUCUUCAGUCAAUUUCUUUAAGAUAUUCGAUAAGAGAACUAAAGCACAGCUUCUAGUCCAUUACUACCGUCCAAACAAUGGAGUCCGUCUUAGUCGAUGCUCAUUAUUUGCUUUUACUUGUGUCAACGUUACACUAAUAUGAAUAUGUUAAAUAUUAGUUUUUAAUUCGAUAUUUAAGUAAGUGUUUUCUUAGCUUAUUCUUGUUGUGUUUUGUUUUUAUAGAAUAAGCAAAUCUCAUUAAUUUUCUUUCACAAGAGGAUCUAAGUGAUCCAACGAUGUACCAUAUGUCACUUAAUCGCUCUAAAUGCGUUCUUGCUUGUUCAGAUUUCUCUUAAGGGGAAUUCACUAAUUAUAUGAGAUUAUAAUAAAGGGUUGGGGGAGGGGAAGGGGGGGCUUUCUAAAUCUUAUAUUUACAAGAGGAAUCAAAGAACCAAAAACCUUACAUUAACUUUCUAUUCUCCUCGCAUUUAACUGCAUUACGCAAAUGAAACAAAAUACAUCAAGAUUCAAAAAAUCUCAUAUAAGAGGGAGAUACUUUCACCCAUAUCUCAUCUAAGAGCUAAUUUAAUUAGUCAGACUGUUCUUUUUUGUGAUUAAAAUCAUUAUGAUUAUAAAAAAAAUAUACCAGGAAGUCAGAGUUGGCUACAAUCUGUUAUUUAUCAUAAGUAGUGUACCUUUAGAUUUAAAAUAUUUUUUUUUUUUAUAUCACAGAAUAGAUAUUUCAAAAAGCUUGUCAAAUGGAUUAGUACUUAGUACUAGAUAUCAUAUAGAUUCAUUUGCUGGUACUCCAUAUAGUUUUUUUUUAUCUAUGAAAAGAGACAUCGAUGACUAUGUUUUUUUAUUUAUUAAGGUUUUUACCUCUUUUAGCUAUCCUAUCGUACCUUGAACUGGUUUUUCAGAAAAGAUUUUAUGUACUUUGAUCUACUCACAGAAAGAAAGAAAUUAAUGGAUAUCAAUAAUUUACAGAGAUGUUCAAAAAUUUCUGAUUUGGGUUCAGCUAAUAUAAAUUGAAUAAGAUCAAUAUUUAAUUUAUUUAGUUGAAAAUGGCGCAUGAAUUCUUCUCUUUCCAUCGAGUUUAUAUGACACUCUAACAAUAUGUGUCAUCAUAUCAUAGUAUAUUUCGUGUUUCAACCGUGAAGCAGUUGUGUUUGCAUGGCUGUGUUUCGGUUUGAAGGGUGGGAUAUGGCGUGAAUUUACAGGGUACAGAGGAAUAACACCUGAGUCCUUAGGAAUGACAACGCAUGGGGGGUAUCAUGGGCGAAACAGUAUACUCUGUUAUGUCCAUGGUACUGCUCAUGUUUAUAGGCAACGGUUACCAUUUUCCAUCAGGUGCGCCGUUAGCUUGUUUGCCAUUCUAAGUUGUAUAAAAAAAAAUAUUCGAUGGUAUCAAAAACUUGACAAUGGGGUGACCAAGACUUUCCCAACAGGUGCAAUUUUUUUUUUCACAUAUGAUUUGAAAACAUAGGUAUUAAUUUAUACUCCUGAAAAGUGUAAUAACAUUCAAGUACGAGAAAUAUUUUUCUGUCACUUCAUAGUCACUUGAUUUUAGCAUCCAGCGGUACAAGUUUUCAUGCUAACGAGAGGUAUGGAUUAUCUGAAUUUGAGGCGGGACGUUACUUCUUUAUCCAUUUUCUAUCGGCUGUACAAUGGGAAUUGUUCCACGGAAUUAUGUGACCUGAUACCAUUGUCACCUUUUUGCCAUCGUACCUCUCGCCAUAGAACUGGAACUCAUCCUAAUUUCUUUAUGGCGUACUACCACUGUUCGCGUAUUUCAUUCAUUUCUAUCUCGUACAUCUAAAUUGUGAGUUCCCGUCUUCAGUUUUCCCUUACAAUAUAAUAUGUGGCAUUUCGAAAAACGUGCCUACAAACAUUUAGAAGGCCGGCAACGUACAAGCAACUCUCGUGUUGUAAGUGUUCACGGGCGAGGGUAGCUGCUUUUCAUUAAGUGGACCGUCUGUUCGUUUGCCUCCCUAAUUAAAAAAAAAAUACUAUAAUUAGAAAUAUACAUAUUUAUGUGCAUGCUAGGAUCGGGUUUAAAAGGUGAUGUAAUCUACCUAACCUUAUCCCAUUUAUAUAAAUAUUGGGGUCGUUAUAUUACCCAAGAUUUAGGCUUUUAGUCAAAUCGGUCGCUAAAAAAAAAAAAAGGUGAUACCUUUAUGUAGCAGUUAAAUUACUUGAUGUUGUGAUUUAAUGUCUUCAUACAUCACAAGAGACAGCUAUAGAACAGGUCAUGCAUUUGACUAUCUACUGUAUAUAUUUUAUUUAAUUUUUAAUAAGAAAUGUUCAUCUCAAAUUUAUAUUUUAAAUUGACUUAAAAAAAAACUAUGUUAUCUAUUUAGUACCACCUCAGUUGUAUAAAAAAAAGUCAUAUUUUUUAUAUUUGUUACCUCAUAACUUCGUCAUUCAUUAGCUGAUUUGGAAAAUUCUUUUUUUUUAUCUAAAAUGACUUUUAGCUUAGCCUCAUAGAAAUUAAAACAAAAUCAGUUUAGUAGUUUAGUUUUUAAAUAUAAAUAACUAGCUUUAUAACGGUCGGUUUUUCUCCUGAUACAAAAUCUUAAACAUUAAACAACAGUUCUUACAAACAAUUUCAAUUCGAUUAAAAUAUUAUCAGGCUCAUAGUAAUCAGUUUAGCUUUUAUGAUAUUAAAAAAUGUAUUCUAUCAUUGUAGUCAUUCGGUUGUUAUUAGGUUUUAUUUUCCUUUUAAUUUUUAUGCCCUUUCAAUACAUUUAUACAUGUAUACAUAUAAGUAUAGAUUAACAUAAUUUAGCGUAUAAUUAUAAAGCUAUAAAUACAGAGUAAGAAACAAAAAUGUCUUUAGACUGAGGAUGUAGUAUAAAAAAUCGCGUAUUUUUACUAAGAAUAUGUGAAUCGUAUAUAAAUGAUAAUUACAGUUAUAUGAACAUAUUUAUUACAUUUUCUUAUACUACCUACAACUAUUGCUACCUUUAGGUAUUUACUAUUACAGAUAAUUUUAGCAAAUAUUAUAGUAGUUAGUAUAAUCGUCUUUUAAUAAAAAAAACUUGCUUUACAUAAUGACGUUAUACUGUUCAGAUACUAAUUCUUUAGUAUAUAUGAAUAAUAUAUUUAAAUUUUUUGUUCAUAUAAUAUCGUUACAGUUUAUAUAUAGAUAUAGGUGAAAUCGAUAAAAAUUGCAUACUUAUUAGUGAAUUUUUAACGUUUAUCGAUCCAAAAAAAAAAUUGUCCAAUUGAAUAAUCAAUCAGUCAUAGCCUAUGGUGUCCCACUGCUGGGCAAAGGCCUCUUUCAACUGCUACCAUCUUGCACGAUCGCUAGCCAAACUGUAUCUGACAUUAUGGAACCUGUCGAGAUCUUCUCUCCAUUGCAUACGCGGUCUUCCGCGACUUCUUUUCUUGUUUUUUAUUAAGCCAAGAUGUCCAUAUUUUGGCCUACUAGUUCUUUGGCAUGCGAGUCACAUGUCCUGCCCAGUCACACUUCAGAAUUGUCGCUUUGAAUAAAAUUUAAAAAAUUUAAUUCAAUUUUUUUGUUGUGUCUAAAUAGUUUCACUGUUAGAAUAAAACAUUCGACAGAAAAUGGAUCGAUAAAUGAUAAAAUUUAUCAAAAGAAUGCUUUCGUUUACACCGCGUAUUUAUGUUUACCACUUCCCAUCAGGCAGGCCGUCAGCUUAUUUUGCCAUUCUAAAUAUCUGUCUGUCAUCAUCAUAUAAAAAAAACUAAUGUAGAAUUUCCUCAAUGUUAGUUGUUCAUCUAAACAAUACACGAGUUAAUUAUAGCUUAGAUUAAUUAGCUUGUAACGUAGCUUAGCUUCGAUUUAAAUACCACAUCACCCACUGUGAUAUUGGGUCGAGAUAUUACGUUGAACUGAGGUAUAUAAGCGUGGCACUUUUGUUGUUGGUAUAGCGAGUAAAAUAGUUAUAAGGUGAUAACUUGUUUGGCUACAUCCAUAAAAAAUAUCAUACAAACAUCAUACAAUCAUUAUACAUACAAUCAUACAAAAUAAUCACAUUUUACUUUACCAUCAUUUCGAUGAUAAUGAUACAUGUUAGGUAUAAAAUUAAUUAUUUAAUUAAUUAUCAUAUUAUUUUUGCACUAUAAUUGUUAUGCUUUAUAUACAAACCCUAAAGAUACUUUCCCUUAUCGGGUUCUCAAGAUUACUGAAAGAAAUCCCUUUAAGGGAUAAAUCUGUCUGAGUACAAUUUUGUUUUAAUCUAAUGUAUACAUAUAUUACAUUAUAAUUUCGGCUGCAUUUUGUCAACUGUACAUACAGAAAGAAGAAGGUAUUGUUAGUAAUAGGGACAGCUGGCCCCACUACUAGCAGAAUAGGAUUAUUUUACCCUGUCAGGUCGUCCUCCACGCGGUUCUCCUUAGAAACCAUCGUGGUUAAAUCUUGUGGAAUCGGCCACGAUGGGCCAAUUGACUUGUUUCCAUUCUCACCUAUCAUCAGUCACUAGUACCCCGCUAGCACCGAUAGCGUAGAUGGGGUUACCAUUCCAUUAUCAUCCCAUAACAAAAAAAAACUGUAUAUAAAUACUGACAUUUAGAUAUAUAUACACAUGGAUGUCGCCAAACUUAAUGUAAAGCUAAAUUUUAAGUAUCAUAAUAGGCACUUCUCCUUUGCACUGUCUGUCCAUUUAUAUCCGUUCCAUCACUUAUACUCAUCACAUAAUUAUAUACAGACCUAUUUAUAAAUCAAAUAAACACUAUUCAUACCCAAAGUACAAAAAUAUUGCUACAGCAAACGCCAUACAUACUUUACAACUCUAUACUUUUGUGUAAUAAUGUAUGUCUAACCUAUGAAUGAAUUGUAUAAUGCAAGCCUAGAUUACAUUUGUACAGGCUGAAAUCAAAAUCGUUAGUAUCUAUUGAAGGUAGUGUUCUACCGGCGAAACUAAACAUUUUAAGGAAACGUGAGUAUAUAUGAACACGGCGCCUUCAUGUGAACACGGCACCUUCAUGUGACCACGGCGCCUUCAUGUGAACAUGGCGUCUUUGUCUUUGGGCGGCGGUAGUCACUUACCAUCAGGUGAGCCGCAUGCUCGUUUGCCCCCUGUGUUGUAAAAAAAAAAAUAAAAAAAAAAACGGCGCCUUCAAAUGAUCACGGCGCCUUCAUGUGAACACGGCGCCUUCAUGUGAACAGGGCGCCUUCAUAUGAACACGGCGCCUUCAUGUGAACACGGCGCCUUCAUAUGAACACGGCGCCUUCAUGUGAACACGGCGCCUUCAUGUGAACACGGCGCCUUCAUGUGAACACGGCGCCUUCAUGUGACCACGGCGCCUUCAGUCGUUAAGUUAGUAUGGGAGACUCAAAAUUUUUUGCAGUUUUUAAAUUUUUCACGAAUUUUCUGUCCUAAUAUGUUCUAUAGAAUGAAUACAUUCUUACAUUUACAUACUUAUCUCGAACGAUUUUGAUUUUGCCCUGUAUGUGCAUACAUAUAAAUACGUAUAUAACAUUUAUGGUAAAUGUAUUAGUCGAGUUAAUCAGAGACAACGGACGAAACUACGGAAAAAAUAUAAUAUUUCUAUAAUCUGGACCUUUUGAAUUCUAGGAUCUAGAAUUAACUAGUAAUGUAUUAUAUAUAAAUAAUGCAAACUACAAUCUACAGGGAUAUCGGACAAAUUUUAAUUUGUACCAUAACUUCAGUAUAAUUUUUUUUAACUAUUUACGAAUUUUUAUAAUUGACAAAUCCAUUUGACUGAUGCUUUUUGGAAUAUUAUAUACUUUAGAUAUUAAUUAUUUUUAAUAUUUCGUUUACAUCUAUAAAUAAUUCUCAAAUUCAUGAUAACAUGCUUACUUGUUCAAUGUAACACGAUUUCUACUAAGUCACUGUAUUUUUUAACUAUAUUAAAAUUUGCCCCAUUUUUGCACGAUUAAAACGUUUCAAUACUCAUAUUUAAGUAAUAUACCAAUUCGAAUAAAAAAAAUUAAAGUAUUAUUGUAACUAAUUGGACUGAAUAUAAGAAAAUGAUAAUAUUUUAUUUUGUUAAAUCAAUUUUUGCAAAAGCUUUUAAGCCAAAGUCUGGUAUGUGAUUUCGAUUCACCUUAUAUUAAGUAACCAACCACUCUAGACAAGAAGCAAACAAAUCUAUCGUUAAGUUUCGAUUAACGUUUAAAAAAGAAAGAAUAACAGACCAGACAUCGCUAUCUCAUUCUAUCUCAAACUCGGUAAUGAUAACGUUUCUACCGACAGAUUCGUUUGCUACUUAUAUACGGGAGAAAUGCUAAAAAUGUCGCGAUGCUGUAAAGCAUUCACUUGUACGAGCUAAAAGUUGACUCAUGCGCAAUCAGUAUCGAAAUAUGAAGCAUUUAUUUUAAUAUAAGUAUAAAAUGUAAUUUGUCAAUCUGUCUUCAAGAUAUGACUUCUCUGUAUAUGUUAAUAAGUAGUUAGAAAGUAAAUAAAUUGUUUCUAGUAAUAUCUUCGUGCAAUAAACUACCUUAGGGCUGGUUUACAUUGACAGGAAGGCACCGUAUGGCGCGAUAUUGUAUAGCAAUGGAAUGAUCUAUAACAGGGUUUCUCAGAAUAGGUUAUGCGUACCCAAGGGGUACCAGUUAAUUGUAGCAGGUGGGUGACAAAAAUUACUUAAUGGCUUAUGUGAGAGUGGGUUGUCACACCUGGUUAAGUUAAACAUGAAAUAUACGUAUCAAUUGAAUAAAAUUGCCCCGAGGAUCAAUAGCAUUUACACUAAAAAGCGAGUACAUCCAUUACAUUAGAUUAACUUAAUAAUGGAAAUACCAUUUAUCUAUUGCUCUCUUGUACUUUUUCUUUUAACAAAUAACCAUAUCUGUUCUAUCGAGUCAGUUUUUAAGGGGUUUCCUGUGGUAUAGAAAACCUAAGGGUACGUGGAGCCAUAACUUGAGAAACUCUAGUCCAUAACGUGAAAUAUCUUCACACUAAAUACUAAUAUAAUAUAAAAAUAAAUAAUGAAAAAUUUAUUUGCCGUUCUUUUCUGUCAGUAAGCAUCAUGCCCUUAAUACAAUAUGGAUGGGCCCUUAAUAUACAUAUACUGAAAAAUAAAUACCAAUGUUAAAUGGAAUUUAUGGGAUUGCGAAAUGUUGAAAAUGCAUCGGUGCAUUCAUUUAUAAAGUAAAAAUUUUUCAAAGGAAUGUCUCAUUUUAAAAUAUGUAAAAUUACCUAUUAUUACUCGUAAUAUUGCUUAAUAAUGGUUUGAUAUUAUAGACAUUUUGUGUGUGCACUGUACAUUAUGUUAAAUCGCCUGUCCUUGCUCACUGAGGACUAAUUUGUAAUGUUAAAUACAUUAUAUAUAUGUACUUAACAGUUAUUGGUUUCGCGCGAUAUUUUUUGUCGCGCUUUCUCUUAUGCUCAUAAUUACUCUAUGGUUUAAUAUUGUUAUGGUUUAAAAUUGUUGACUUUGUGUUGUUUUUAUUUAUUAAGCGUUUUGACAUUAUUUUGUGGUGUUCACAUUAUUAUUAAAAUAGUUAAAGGCGAUAUUAAAAGUAUAUUUUAAGAACAAUUUCAUUUUAAAAUGGACUUGCUCUUAAAACGAAGAUAUUUAGAAUUUCCGAUCUUGGAUUACAAUAUCGAUCUUUUGAAUCGAAUCGAAUAGUUUUCGAUCGAUCUAUGAGAAAAUUGACAUUACAAAAAUCGAUUCGAUCUUUUAAAAAAUGUGUUAUGUCGAAAAAAAAGAAAAGAAAAAAGUAGGACAACCACAGGGAAUAAUUCAUAUGCAGAAUGGGAAAGAUCGUCUACGAUCUGUCAUAUUAUAUCGAAUUUUAAAAACUUGAUCCAAAAAAUCAUGAACGCGGUUCGGAAGAUCGAUUUUCGAUUAAAUUGAGACCGGGAUUUUUAAAACUAUUCAUGAAUUUAAUGAACAAUAUGUAACAGCACUGUUUUGUUGAUAUAGCACUUUGGCAACUGAUAAUAAAUGAAAUGAAGGUUGUUAUCGCUGGAGUAUUGCGAAUGAUUAGGGAAGUGAUGAAAUUGUGGUAAAUAAAGGGUUUCUAAACA